AUGAAUCAGGUACUGAAGCCUUCCAUUAGAAAUAUUGUUGUUGUCUGUUUCGAUGAUAUUUUGAUAUACAGUACCAUAGAGGAAGAACAUUAUCAUCACUUGAGAUAUGUAUUGACUGUUUCACAACAAAAUAAGUUGUUUAUUAACUUAAAUAAAUGUAAAUUUCUUACUUCAAGUUUCAUUUUCUUGGGAUAUAUUGGAAGUGUAGAUGACAUCAAAGUGGAUGAAGAAAAGAUUGAAGCUAUUAAAGAUUGGCCAAUUCUAAAAUGAUGUUUAUAGUUUUCAUGACUUAGCAUCAUUUUAUAGAAGAUUUAUUUAAAAUUUUAGUUCAAUUAUGGCUCCCAUCACUGAAUGGAUGAAAAGAGAAAACUUUAAAUGGACAGAUGCAGCAGAUAGAAGUUUUAUUCAAAUUAAAGAAAAGUUAAGUUCUGCCCCUAUACUAGCACUGUCAAAUUUUGAUAAAUUAUUUAAUGUAGAAUAUGAUGCCUCAAAUAUUGUAAUUAGAGCUGUAUUAUCUCAGGAAGGUCGUCUAGCAUUUUUUUAUAGCGAGAAAUUAACACUACUUGUGGACUACAUAUGA